AGUUCAGUGAAUCAGAACAAUGACUGCGCCGCCGGGUCCCCGGGAGCGCGUCGGAGGACUGUGAGCAGCCGCCGCCGGCACAGCGGCGGGCGGCGCAGCCUGGGCCGCGCGGUGUCAACCCGGGCUCGGGAGCCUGCAGCGCAGCCCAGCGCCCGCCGCCCGCGCGGAGUCGCCGGGCUCCAGCGCUGCAGCCGCUCUUCGGCAGCUGUGCAUUGUUGUGAGCUGGAGAAGGGGCGCGGGGAGUAGCAGCCCGAAGCCCCGGGAGCCCUCGUUAGCCAUGUGGAUACCUACGGAGCACGAGAAAUACGGCGUGGCCAUUGCCAGUUUCCGAGGCACCGUCCCCUACGGCCUGUCCCUGGAAAUCGGAGACACCGUGCAGAUCCUGGAGAAGUGUGACGGCUGGUACAGAGGAUUUGCCUUAAAAAACCCAAACAUCAAGGGUAUCUUUCCUUCCAGCUACGUUCACUUGAAAAAUGCCUUUGUGAAGAACAAAGGGCAAUUUGAAAUGGUUAUUCCCACCGAAGACUCCGUUAUCACAGAAAUGACAUCGACCCUGAGGGACUGGGGAGCCAUGUGGAAACAGCUGUACGUGAGAAACGAAGGCGACCUCUUCCACCGGCUGCGGCACAUCAUGAACGAGAUCCUGGACUUGCGGCGGCAGGUGCUGGUGGGCCACCUGACCCACGACCGGAUGAAGGACGUGAAGCGCCACAUCACCGCCCGUCUCGACUGGGGCAACGAACAGCUGGGCCUGGACCUGGUGCCCAGGAAGGAGUAUGCCAUGGUGGACCCGGAGGACAUCAGCAUCACCGAGCUGUACCGAUUGAUGGAGCAUCGGCAUCGGAAGAAGGACACCCCCGUGCAGGCCAGCAGCCACCACCUGUUUGUGCAGAUGAAGAGCCUCAUGUGUUCCAACCUGGGGGAGGAGCUGGAGGUCAUCUUCUCGCUCUUCGACAGCAAGGAGAAUCGCCCCAUCAGCGAGAGGUUCUUCUUACGGCUGAACCGAAACGGACUUCCCAAGGCCCCAGACAAGCCGGAGCGGCACUGCUCGCUCUUCGUGGAUCUGGGCAGCAGCGAGCUACGGAAGGACAUCUACAUCACGGUGCACAUCAUCCGAAUCGGCCGGAUGGGGGCCGGAGAAAAGAAGAAUGCCUGCAGUGUCCAGUACCGGCGACCCUUUGGCUGUGCCGUGCUCAGCAUUGCCGACCUGCUGACCGGGGAGACGAAGGACGACCUGGUCCUGAAAGUGUACAUGUGUAACACGGAGAGUGAGUGGUACCAGAUCCACGAGAACAUCAUCAAAAAGCUCAACGCGCGCUACAACCUGACCGGCUCCAACGCGGGCCUGGCCGUGUCCCUGCAGCUGCUGCACGGGGACAUCGAGCAGAUCCGGAGGGAGUGUGCGUCGGUGUUUUCCCACGGCCUGUCCAUCACGAGGAAGCUGGGCUUUUCUGACAUCAUCAUGCCAGGCGAAAUGAGGAACGACUUAUACAUCACCAUCGAGAGGGGGGAGUUCGAGAAGGGGGGCAAGAGCGUCGCCAGGAACGUGGAAGUCACGAUGCUCAUCGUGGAGAGCAGUGGGCAGACCUUGAAGGACUUCAUCUCCUUUGGCUCUGGAGAGCCCCCAGCCAGUGAAUACCACUCCUUCGUCCUCUACCACAGCAACAGCCCCCGCUGGGCCGAGCUGCUCAAGCUCCCGGUUCCCGUGGACAAGUUCAGGGGCGCGCACGUCCGCUUUGAGUUUCGGCAUUGCUCCACGAAGGAGAAAGGCGAGAAGAAGCUGUUCGGUUUCUCUUUCAUCCCCCUGAUGCAGGAGGACGGCAGGACCCUCCCGGAUGGCACGCACGAGCUCAUCGUGCACAAGUGUGAAGAAAACACUAAUUUUCAGGACACUGCCCGCUACCUCAAACUCCCCUUCUCCAAGGGCAUCGUCCACGGGAAUAAUCCUCAAGCCACAAAGACCACAAAGGAGUCUUUUUGGAUCACGUCGUUUCUCUGCUCCACGAAACUCACUCAAAACGGGGACAUGCUGGACCUUCUGAAAUGGAGAGCCCACCCGGACAAGAUCACAGGCUGUCUCUCCAAACUGAAGGACAUCGACGGCUCCGAGAUAGUAAAGUUUCUCCAGGACACACUGGAUACUUUGUUCGGAAUCUUGGACGAGAACUCCCAGAAAUACGGGUCGAAGGUGUUCGAUUCUUUGGUUCACAUCAUCAAUUUGCUGCAAGACAGCAAGUUCCAUCACUUCAAACCUGUCAUGGACACGUACAUCGAGAGCCAUUUCGCCGGGGCGCUCGCGUACAGAGACCUCAUCAAAGUGCUCAAGUGGUACGUGGACAGGGUGACGGAAGCGGAGCGCCAGGAGCACAUCCAGGAGGUGCUGAAGGCACAGGAGUACAUCUUCAAGUACAUCGUGCAGUCGCGGAGGCUGUUCUCCCUGGCCACCGGCGGGCAGAAGGAGGACGAGUUCCGCUGCUGCAUCCAGGAGCUGCUGCUGUCCGUCCGCUUCUUCCUGUCCCAAGAGAGCAAAGGCCCUGGGGCACUGUCUCAGUCACAGGCCGUGUUUCUGAGCUCCUUCCCAGCCGUGUACUCCGAGCUGCUGAAGCUCUUUGAUGUCCGGGAGGUGGCCAACUUGGUGCAGGACACGCUGGGCAGCCUGCCGACCGUCCUGCACGUGGACGAGACUCUGCAGGCUGUGAAGCUUCAGUGCAUUGGCAAGACCGUGGAGAGCCAGCUCUACAGCAACCCAGAUUCCAGGUACAUCCUCCUGCCCGUGGUCUUGCAUCACCUGCACAUGCACCUUCAGGAGCAGAAGAACCUCAUGACGUGCGCCCGCAUCCUUAGCAACGUCUUCUGUCUCAUCAAGAAGAACAGCUCAGAGAAGUCCGUGCUGGAGGAGAUCGAUGUGAUAGUGGCCAGCCUGCUGGACAUCCUGCUGAGGACCAUCCUGGAGAUCACCAGUCGCCCGCAGCCCUCUGGCCCCGCCGCCCAGCUCCAGUUCCAGGAUGUCACUGGGGAGUUUGUUGCUUGUCUCCUGUCCCUGUUACGACAGAUGACAGACAGACAUUAUCAACAGCUUCUUGACAGUUUCAAUACAAAGGAAGAACUAAGGGACUUCCUGCUGCAGAUACUCACCGUGUUCCGCAUCCUGAUACGCCCCGAGACGUUCCCCAAGGACUGGACCGUCAUGCGCCUGGUGGCCAACAACGUCAUUAUCACCACGGUUCUCUACCUGUCAGACGCUCUUCGUAAGAACUUCUUAAAUGAAAAUUUUGAUUAUAAGAUCUGGGAUUCCUACUUUUACCUCGCAGUCAUUUUUAUAAACCAAUUGUGUCUGCAACUGGAGAUGUUCACACCUUCCAAAAAGAAAAAGGUAUUAGAAAAGUAUGGUGACAUGCGGGUAACCAUGGGCUGUGAAAUUUUCAGCAUGUGGCAAAACCUAGGAGAACACAAGCUUCAUUUCAUCCCUGCUCUGAUUGGCCCCUUCCUGGAGGUGACCUUGAUACCACAGCCAGACCUGCGGAACGUCAUGAUUCCUAUUUUUCAUGACAUGAUGGACUGGGAACAGAGGCGGAGUGGCAACUUCAAACAGGUGGAAGCCAAGCUCAUUGACAAAUUGGACAGCCUGAUGUCGGACGGCAAAGGUGACGAGACCUACCGGGAGCUCUUCAACAGUAUCCUGCUGAAGAAAAUUGAGCGGGAAACAUGGAGGGAGAGCGGGGUGUCGUUGAUCGCCACGGUGACCCGUCUAAUGGAGAGGCUGUUAGAUUACAGGGACUGCAUGAAAACGGGGGAGGUGGACAGCAGGAAGAUCGGCUGCACCGUGAGCCUUCUGAACUUCUACAAGACUGAACUGAACAAGGAAGAGAUGUAUAUACGCUACAUUCACAAACUCUACGACCUGCAUCUCAAAGCACAGAACUUCACAGAGGCCGCCUACACCCUCCUGCUGUAUGACGAGCUGCUGGAGUGGUCGGACCGGCCGCUGCGCGAGUUCCUGAGCUACCCCGUGCAGACCGAGGGGCAGCGGAAGGAGCAGCUGCACCUGGCCAUCAUCCAGAACUUUGACCGCGGCAAGUGCUGGGAGAACGGGAUCAUCCUCUGCCGGAAGAUCGCCGAGCAGUACGAGAGCUACUACGACUACCGAAACCUGAGCAAGAUGCGGAUGAUGGAGGCCUCUCUGUACGACAAAAUCAUGGACCAGCAGCGUCUGGAACCAGAGUUCUUUCGAGUUGGAUUUUAUGGGAAGAAAUUUCCAUUUUUCUUAAGAAACAAGGAGUUCGUAUGCCGAGGGCAUGACUACGAGCGGCUCGAGGCCUUCCAGCAGCGCAUGCUGACCGAGUUCCCGCACGCCAUCGCCAUGCAGCACGCCAACCAGCCCGACGAGACCAUCUUCCAGGCCGAGGCGCAGUACUUGCAGAUCUACGCCGUGACCCCCAUCCCGGAGAGCCAGGAGGUCCUGCAGAGAGAGGGCGUUCCGGACAACAUCAAGAGUUUCUACAAAGUGAAUCAUAUCUGGAAGUUCCGCUACGACAGACCGUUCCACAAAGGCCCUAAAGACAAGGAGAACGAGUUCAAGAGUCUCUGGGUGGAGAGAACGUCGCUGUUCCUGGUGCAGAGCCUGCCCGGCAUCUCCCGCUGGUUCGAGGUGGACAAGCGAGAGGUGGUAGAAAUGACUCCUCUGGAAAACGCCAUUGAAGUGCUGGAAAACAAGAACCAGCAGCUGAAGACGCUGAUCGGCCAGUGCCAGACCCGACAGAUGCUGAACAUCAACCCCCUGACCAUGUGCCUGAAUGGGGUCGUGGACGCUGCUGUGAACGGCGGAGUUUCCCGGUACCAGGAGGCAUUCUUUGUCAAAGACUACAUCCUGAGUCACCCUGAGGAUGGCGAGAAGAUCGCGCGGCUGAGGGAGCUGAUGCUGGAGCAGGCGCAGAUUUUGGAAUUUGGGUUGGCCGUGCAUGAGAAGUUUGUACCUCACGAUAUGAGACCCCUUCACAAGAAGCUGGUCGACCAGUUCUUCGUGAUGAAGUCCAGCCUGGGAAUACAGGACUUCUCUGCUUGUACCCAAGCCAGCCCAGUCCACUUUCCCAACGGGAGCCCCCGCGUGUGUAGGAACUCGGCACCUGCCUCCAUGAGCCCGGACGGUACCCGCGUAAUUCCCAGACGCAGCCCGCUGAGUUACCCGGCGGUCAACCGGUAUUCCUCCUCCUCGCUGUCCUCACAAGCCUCGGCCGAAGUGAGCAACAUCACGGGGCAGUCGGAGAGUUCUGACGAGGUCUUCAACAUGCAGCCCAGUCCGUCUACCUCAAGCUUGAGCUCCACCCAUUCCGCUUCGCCCAAUGUGACCAGCUCUGCUCCAUCGAGUGCCAGAGCUUCUCCGUUGUUGUCUGACAAACACAAACAUUCCAGAGAGAACUCCUGCCUGUCCCCGAGAGAGAGACCGUGCAGUGCCAUCUACCCGAUACCCGUGGAAUCUUCUCAGAGGCUGAUGUUUAAUCACACCGGAGACGGGGCCCUGCCACGCAGUGACCCACACCUGUCCGCGCCUGAGAAAGCUGUGAACCCCACCCCUAGCAGCUGGAGCCUGGACAGUGGGAAGGAAGCCAAGAGCGUGUCGGACCGGGGGAGACUCCUCUCUCCCCCUGUCCCUCCAAGACCCACACAGACUGCUUCCCCAGCGAGACACACGACAUCGGCUUCCCCCUCCCCUGCGGGGCGGUCUCCGAUGAAGAGAAUCCGAGUCGCUGUCCGAGUGGAACCGGCCUGGCUGCGGGAUGGUCAGCGCAGGUGA